AUUGACAAAGCACCUAAAGACAGAGAGCAGGCAGCGCUUGCCCUUCACUGCUCCUGACUAGCUAGUGUUCUCCCGGCAUUGUUUACGGAAACAGCUCGUAAAGGGAAACCAUAAAGCUGUGGACGAUGGCCGCAAGGAUCUGGCCCCUAGUGAAACUUGCCACCAAGGUGACCAUUGCAGGGGGAGCGGUUUACGUCGCCUGUGACUCUGGUCUGCUGGGGAGCAGUGAGCAGGGCUCUGAGGCCCUGGAGAAGGCCAAAGCAGCUGUGCCACCCGCCUUACAAGACUGGAUGAAGUACUUUGGUCUGGAGGCUCAGCUACCAACCAUGCCUAAGAUUGAGUUCUCCCCGGUUAAUUCAUGGAACGCUGGAGUGCGGUGGACAAUUUCUAGCCUUUCAGAGGCCCCGACGAGAGCAUCUGAAUAUACAAAUCAGGGACUGCAGUACGUGAAAGACCUCAUCAAGUGAACAGAACCUCCCUGCUUCACUUCACCUUGUUAAUGUUUGACUUUUGCACUUGAGAACCGACAGUACUCCUCCAGAAGUAAUGCCCCCACCCACCCCCACUCCCCUCCAGAAAAGAAGACAUGAAAGGAAAGCGCUGACUGAAGAAGUGCUGAAUUUAAUUUAAAGUGGCAUUUUGUGGAAGUUGUAAAUAAAGCAGGGAAGUAAAAAAAAAUGUUUUUAAAUUGAAAAUUGCACGUUAAACCGCCACUGAUGCUCAGUACAGUUGUGUACCCCCUUCAAUCAACCUGUUCCAAAUAAUGUAUCAAAGAGAGUAUAUGAUGUAUAUAUCCAGUUUCACUAUAUUCUGGCAAUAACACCAAAUCUAAAACAA